AUGAGCGCCCUCAGGCAGGCCUCGCGCCUGCUCGCGCAGCAGGCCCGCUCGGGGUCGGUCAGCCAGGCGGUGCAGGCGGCCCUCCCUGGCCCAGCACAGGCCUCGGUGCCCGGCGCCGCGGGCCUCCGCGGCUUCCGGUCGUCCCCGGUGCCGCAGGUCGGCUACAUGGAGCACCACCACCACCACGACUGGGUGUGCAGCAUCUGGCGCAAGCCCAAGGCCUACAGGGUGCGCACUGCGGCACAGUACGUGACCCUGUUCUUCCUGUUCGGGUUCGGCACGCCCGCGUUCGCGCUCUGGUGGCAGAUGGACUUCAAGGGCAACCGCGGCUAA